GUUUUGUUGUUUACGCUCCGGAAUUUUUAGGUUGAAUUUGUUAAUUAAAUUUUAAGUUUGUUUUCGUGGAAAAAUGGCUAGCAUUAACUACUAUUUAUCGUUAGCUACUGAUGUUAAGUGUCGGUACGACGAAAAAAUACAAUUCAUCGACAAUGUAGACCCUUUCAAACUUUCUCCUAGUGAGUUUACUUUAACUGGCAAUGAGUUGCCAGAGGUUUCAAUUUUGGAUUUAUCUGAAUAUUUGACUCACGCCUACAGCUACUACACAAACUUGCAGUUAAAGGCGUAUAAAGGUUUAUCGGCCUUUAAAUGUUUUGAAGCUGGAGCCGUCCAAAGUUUGCUUGCUAAGAAGAUCAAUGAUUUUUUUGUUGUCCUUAGUAAGAUCAGGCAUUCCCAAAAAAAACCUCUCGACACAGUCCACACUUGGGUCAUUCUGCUCCCAGAUGGUAGCAUUUCAAGUGCUCAUUGCACUUGUAUGGCCGGUCUUGCAGAAGUGUGUAGCCAUGUUGCCAUAAUUCUGUUUUAUUUAAUGUCGAGGCUUGAGGAAGACGCUUCUACUUCACAGUUACCCUUAGGGCCAGUUCUAGCUGUGAGAAAGACCGAAAUGUCAAGUGUUUCAGACAUGAAGUCGAGCACGUCACAAAGUCAGGUGUAUAAAAGUAAAAGAGAAGAUGUGCAACCUAUGACGCAGGAAGAAACUGUAAAGUUUCUUCGGGAUAUAAUGGCAACUGGUGUCACCCCUGCGAUUUGUCGCAUUAUGGAGCCAUUUGCUUCAGAAUUGGCAAAUAAAUCACCAGAAUAAAUGCCUGAAAGUAAAACUACUCAAUUAGGAAACCUAAAACACAUGACUUGGCCAAGAGGCCAGUAUUUUUAAAUUUUUAUGACGUUAGAAUACCUAUAUAUGUACAGGUCAUUGCAAUAGAUAUAUAUAUAUAUAUAUUUUUUUUUUUUUUUUGGAAUAGACAAUAAGCAGAAAAUCAAAAAUGUGUGGCAGCAUUAAUUUCCAAAAUAAAAACAAAACUUCCACCGAUUAAAGCUUAGGAUUAAAGCUAUCCUCCCUCUAUUCUCUUAUAGUGUAAAAGACGCAGACAGGUUGCGAUGUACAGGGUGAUCUAUUAUAAAUGUCACCUCUCCUAACUUUUUCAUUCGAGGGAAGUGUUAAAUACAAAAGUUUCAAAAAAUUGUCAAUGUCAAAAGUUUUUACCUAAGCCAGUUUUAAGCAUACAGGGUGCGUCAAAAUAGUGUAGCAGAGCAAAGUUAUAUUUAUUUAAUUAAUGAAACACGAU